AUAAGACAUGAGUAUCAUACUCACACACAUAAGCACGCGACAUAUAUGUAAUGAUUUACAUAAGUGGUCUGGUAGGCCAUACAUACAUACAUUUCACAAUAUCAUCUCACUACACUGUGCGGAUCAUAUUUUACCUUCAACCCUUUCACUUCAUCCAACACACCUCACCGGAGACUACGGCGGCGAUCACGCCGGAUAUCGCGGCGAUCUCAAUAAAAAGUAUGCAAACAACCGGAUCUACUCAUCCGAUCAAACUCUAACUAACUACUAUCCACACAUCAAUUGUUCCGAUUUAGCCCUAAUUUCAUCCGAUUGCUGAUGAGGGUUUCAAAUUGAGGUGUUGAGAUUAAGAUGUCGUUUAAGAACAUUGUGCGCGAGUUGAAAGAGAUGACGACGGAUGGUAUCGGGAGUAUGUCGAGAAGGAGAGGGGGUGAAGGGAAGCAGAAGCAGUGGCGGAAUUGUACUCGAGCGCAUGUUGUACCUGAUUUGGUUGCGCCGGAGUGUACUACCGAAGGUCGGUGGGCUCACUUGCCUCCUGAAUUGUUGUUGGAUAUAAUCCGUAGGGUUGAAGAGAGUGAGACGUCGUGGCCGGCACGAACGACGGUUGUUUAUUGUGCGUCGGUUUGUAAGCCGUGGAGAGAUGUUACGAAGGAGAUUGUUAAGACUCCGGAAGAAUGCGGGAGGUUAACGUUUCCUAUUUCGUUGAAGCAGCCCGGUCCUCGUGAUUCUCCAAUUCAGUGCUACAUAAAAAGAGAUCGAGCAACUUCCACUUUUCGUUUGUACUACGGGCUGACUCCAUCUGAAGACGAGAGUGAUAAGUUAUUGUUGGCUGCUAAAAGAAUCCGUAGGGCAACAAGUACAGAAUUUUUGAUCUCGUUAGUGGCGGAUGAUUUUUCACGCGCUAGUUCUACGUAUGUCGGGAAACUGAGGUCUAAUUUUCUCGGAACCAAAUUCAGCAUCUACGAUAGCCAGCCUCCAAACGAUGAAGCGUUUCAAGCUAAUCACAGCCGUUCAAGUCGAAGAUUUCACACAAAGCAAGUAUCUCCUCGACUACCGGCAUGUAAUUACAACAUUGCCACUAUUUCCUACGAGCUGAAUGUACUACGCACGCGUGGGCCGAGAAGAAUGAAUUGUUCAUUGCAUUACAUACCCAUUUCGUCAAUUCAAGAAGGCGGCACCGCUCCGACUCCAAAAUCAUUUCCGCAAGAAAAUCUUCUUCCCUCAACGUCGUCAUCAUUAUCAUCAUCAUUAUCAUUACCAUUAUCAUCACCUUUAGUGAAAGAAAAACCGUUACCUGGUGACGCGUGUAAUGACUAUUUGGUCCUUAAGAACAAAUCGCCAAGGUGGCAUGAACAAUUACAGUGUUGGUGUUUGAAUUUCAAAGGACGUGUUACGGUGGCUUCGGUGAAGAAUUUUCAGUUGGUAGCUUCUGUUGGUUCUUCUGAUAAUGUGUCGGAUGCGGAGCAAAACAAGGUGAUUUUACAAUUUGGGAAAAUUGGACAAGAUAUAUUUACGAUGGAUUAUCGGUACCCGAUUUCUGCCUACCAAGCGUUUGCGAUCUGCCUUAGCAGCUUUGAUACAAAACCGGCUUGCGAAUGACAUGAAUCUUGUUGUGAGUUAUCGUGUCAGGUCAGUGUUGUAUUUCUGUAAAAUUUGAUAUAACGUUGGAUGCAAGAGGAGUAGUUACUCUUUGUAGUUAUGGUGAACAUGUGUUUUGUUAUUUAAAAUUUGUGUUUUUCAAUCUUUUAGCGCGAUUUUGUUCAA